GCGCGCGAGCGGUGCGCUCAGCGCUUUUGCAGCCACUAGUGCAAAGGUGGGAUUCGAACCUGAACGGAUGGUGUUUCCCGGUCUCUCUGGGCGGAGGGGUCCGGGCGCUCCCCAGACAGGCAAACGCGGCAGAGCGUGUUCAGCCGAAGAGGACGGGGAGAGAGAGUCCAGCGUAGCACCCGAGUCAGACCUCAGGAAGCCUGGGUUAUUAUUACGGGCUGAGUGCUCUAACCUGGUGCUUCGGGGCUGGGGUUCUGGAAUCAAAGACGUGGGUUUCAGGCUCAUUUCUGUCACUUCCUGACUGUGUGACCCUCCUUGGUUUCAGUACUUAAAACUCGGAGCUUCAGGGGGUUUUACCUGUAGAGAUCACACUACCCCUAUUAUUACUAGAUUAAGAAUAGACGGAGAAAUGUGUAUUGCCAGGUGCUCAGAGAUUGGUGGCUGAUAUUUCAAAAGCAAGCAGACAGGACAAGGAAUAUUUGGGGUUGGAUGUUGGGUUGGGGCUGUGCAUUGACCUGGAAGGUCUCUAUCUCUUAGGUAGACGGUGGGCGGGGGCCCUUGGCAUCUUUUGAAGUCUUUUCUUGAACAACUUGUGCCUUUAGAAACCUAAAGGGCACUUCCUAUUUCUGGAGAUCAGUCUUCCUGUCUGAGAGAGAGAGACAGAGAUAAUCCGUUUACUCUGGCGGUGGUGGCAAAGGUUCCUCGACCAAACUCUACUUAGGUUACUCUGAACUCUCAACAAGGCCUUGGCUUUUGGACUUCUGUAUUCAUUUAUGCAUCGCCCAGUUUUAGCAAGAAUCCAGCAGGGUCACUUUAGCCAAUACCCCAACCCUUUAUACCUGAUUGGGUUCUUCACGCCCCAGCAUCCCUCAGGUGAUGUCUGAUCACCCCAGCUUGCCUUCAGGAAGAAUCCUACUAGGUUGAUUUUGUCAGAAUCCCUCGAUGUUUCCUCUUACUAAUUUUCCAUCCUCCUCCACCUUGGCUAUAAAGCCCCACUUUUCCUUGUUGUACUUGGAGUUGAACUCAGUAUCUCUUCCUUACUGCACACCCCCUUGCAGGGGUCCCUGCACCUACCUCUGGUCUGGAUAAAGCUUUACAUACCAUUGUGUAACACAUGAGUCACCUUUUCCUAAACAGUGAUUGAGAAAGUGCACUCCUCAUCUGUGCCUUUCUCCCUCUUUGUGUCUGCCUCUGUCUCUCUUUCUUGCACAGGCUGGCUCUCCUCUGCAUGGCUGGCUUCAGCCCUCAGUAGGGCUGAACGGAUUUUUGAGGGGAGACAGAUAUUUUACCUUUGUUUCUCUACCUUUAGCUUUGGCCUCAUGCCCUUUUGGAGAAAGCUGUUGAAGAAAAUAUUGCAGCUAAGGAGAUGCUGGUGGAGCCCAGUUAAACACCAAGAGCAAAUGUGAGCUGAAUCGAUGCUUUGUCUGUGACGAUGGAACCAUGGAAUCAGUCUGAAGGGAACUUCCCCUCUGUCUUCCGAGAAGCAUAUGUGUGGGUCGCUCAGUUGCUUGCAAACUUCUAGCCCUGAAAACAUCACUUCCAGUGUCUGGCCAGAGGUACAGGGAGAGACAGAUUUGACCUUUCAGGCACAAGAAAGAGCAAGACUUGCCCCAGACAAUGGCGACCACACCUGGUCUCCAGCCUCCACCACCCCUGGAGCAAGACGAGAUCCUGAUCGUGAAGGUGGAGGAGGAUUUCUGCUGGGAAGAGGAGCCUUCUCUGGAGACAGAAGACCCCAGCCCUGAGACCUUCCGCCAGCUCUUCAGGCUCUUUUGUUACCAGGAGGUGGCCGGACCACGGGAGGCCCUGAGCCGCCUUUGGGAGCUCUGCUGCCGCUGGCUGCGGCCUGAAUUGCGCACCAAAGAGCAGAUCCUGGAGCUGCUGGUGCUGGAGCAGUUCCUGAUGGUGCUGCCUGGGGAGAUCCAGGCCCGGGUGCGGGAGCAGCAGCCGGAGAGUGGUGAGGAGGCCGUGGUCCUCGUGGAAGGGCUGCAGCGGGAGCCCAGGAAGCAGAGGCAGCGGGGCCUGGAAGUGCUCCCUGAUGAUGUACUGCCCCACGGGACAGGAGAACAGUGCUUGAAACACCAAGUGGAGGCUGAGCCAGAGGAGCUGUCUCUGGAGGAAGGGUCUGGAUGCUCCAGCCAGCAGCCCCCAGCCCAACUGAGCCACACACCAAAGAGGAGCCCCCAGCUCUGGCCAAAGAGGGGCCCAGUGGCCUCCCAGCAUCAGGAGAUGGCACCAGCCACGUCCUUCGUUUCAUCCUGGUCCCAGCAGGUGCCGGUGACCUUGGAGGACGUGGCGGCAUACCUGUCCCAGGAGGAGUGGGAGUGCCUGGACCCGGCUCAGCGGGGCUGCGUCUGGGAUGUGCUGCCCGACAGCGGGGGGCUUGGGCUGCAACUUGAGGAUGGAGAGGGCGCCAGGCAGGACGUGCCGACGAGAAGGGAGCAGGACCGAGAGCUGGUUGGGGGCAUGACCAGGCCUGAGCAGUCUCUGGAAAGAGGAGGACCCCGGCGGGGUGAGAAGCCGUACGCGUGCCCUGAGUGCGGCAAAGGCUUCAGUAAGACGUCCCACUUGACCAAGCACCAGCGCACACACACCGGGGAGCGGCCCUACAAGUGUCAGGUGUGCGGGAAGGGCUUCAGUGACCGCUCCAACUUCAGCACACACCAGCGGGUGCACACGGGCGAGAAGCCCUAUGCGUGCGCGGAGUGCGGGAAGCGCUUCAGCCAGAGCUCCAGCCUGGUCAUCCACCGCAGGACACACACCGGCGAGCGGCCCUACGCCUGUGCCGAGUGUGGGAAGCGCUUCAGCAACAGCUCCCACUUCAGUGCGCACCGGAGAACGCACGCGGCUGAGAAGCCCUUUGUGUGCCCGGCCUGUGGCAGGGGCUUCCGCCGGGGCACCGACCUCCACAAACACCAGCGGACCCACAGCAGAGAACAGCGCCCCCCAGGCCAGCGGAGCCCCACAGCACGGCUCCGGGAGGCCCCUGGGCCAAAGCCUGGCCGCCGCUCAUUGAACUGUCCAUUUCCGGGAUCUGUUUCAGAAUUUCAAGGUCACAGUUCAUGAAGCUGCUGGAGUUGUUUCUGUUUUGGAACCAAAAUCCUAACCUUAAGGCAUUUCACACUGAUCCCAUUUGCCCCUGGUGUGGGCCCAGCUUGUGGCAGUGGGACAUUUCAGGUGCUCAGGCCCAAGGAGGAAUCUGGACACGGAGUUCGGCAGUGGCGGCUAGACACCAAGCCGGGUGUACAUGGGUCCUGGGGCUGCUGUACAAAUGGCCACGACCUGGGUGGCUCAGCACCACAGGGACGGACUGUCACAGUUCAGGAGGCCAGAAGUCCAAAACCAAGAUGUGGGCAGGGCUGCCUCCUUCUGGAGGCCCGGACGGAGAGACCAUCCCAGGCCUCUCUCCUGGCUUCUGCUGUUGCCGGUGUUCCUGGUGUCCAUGGUUUGUGGCCACAACACUCCCAUCUCUGCCUCUCCCGUGUCUCUGGUGUCCUCUUGUAAGGGCACAGUCAUUCCAUUUAGGGCCCCUAAUCCCGAAUGACAGCAUCUUAACUAAUUACAUCUGCAAAGACCCUGUUUCCAAAUCAGGGCACAUUCUGAGGUUCUGGAUGGACAUGAAGUUGGGGGACACUCAGUCCACUUCAGGGAAACCUCAGUGGCUCCCAUUCCUUACAGGAUUAACAUACCCCAGCCUUCCCUGGUCUCCCCCCUUUCCCCUCCAGCCUUGCCAUAUUUUCAAAACAUAGCCUGUGAGGACUUGUUCCGUAUCCCAGUGGUGUCAGCGGGCAGUGGGAUGAGUUGUGGGUCACCUGCCUAGAGCCACAGCUGUUCUAAAGGACAGAUGACUCAUGUGAGUACGCUUCCCUGAUAGCCCAUCUUCUGACCUCCACAGGCGUGUGAGGAAGCCUGUGGAGAUGACUGACAUCUGUCCCCACAGCAGGAGCCAGGGCCGCCUUUGCUCCAUCCCCAAGUGGCCAGGACAGAGGCAGCAUUGGUUGCCCCACUUUGUCCUUCUGCGGUGGACAUGCUUCUGAUCUGUGCACAUCCACUAUCUCCUGGGUGGCUGAGGGGAACAGUAUAGAGUACUUGUUCCAUUUAGUCAUCACUGAAGUCUUGGGGGCAGUUGCUGAAACCACUGGGUUCUGGAACAUUCCAUGCAGGGAGUAUGGCAGUUUCCCAUGGCUGGGUGGCCUUGGACCUCAGGCUGUGCUCCAUUCUAUUUGUCACCCAAUCACUGUAUAUAUUUUCACCUUCCAGCAUAACCCAGGUUCCAGGGUGCAUGACCUACUCUCUGUUUCCCUAAUAAACAAAGCGGGUCCUUCUG